AAAGAUGUUGAACGUUGAACUAGGAGCUACCCUCGCGGUAGCUCUUUUAUUACCGCUAGUGCGGACGCAAAUAUUAACACCCCCUUAUUUUAAUCUUGCCGCGGGAAAAAAUAUAACCGCGUCGGCAACUUGUGGCGAGGAUUUUGGCGGACCCGAAUUAUAUUGCAAAUUGGUGGGAGCGAAUGCUCAACAUGAACAAAAUGCGAACGUUAUACAAGGACAGUUUUGCGACUAUUGCGAUUCACGAGAUCCCAUUCAAAUGCACCCACCCAGAUUUGCAGUCGAUGGAAUGGAAACUUGGUGGCAAAGUCCUCCGUUGUCAAGAGGGAUGAAGUACAACGAAGUCAAUCUCACCAUCGAUCUGGGCCAGGAAUUCCAUGUCGCCUACGUUUUUAUUCAAAUGGCAAAUUCACCCAGACCCGGACUAUGGAUUUUAGAAAAAUCGUCCGACUAUGGCAAAACGUACGUACCUUGGCAGUAUUUCUCCGAUUCAAAGGCCGACUGUGAGGCGCUAUUCGGUCCCGAUAGUUUACAACCGAUAACAAGGGACGAUUCCGUAAUAUGCACAACCGAUUAUUCUGCAAUUGUUCCUUUGGAAGGAGGCGAGAUUCCCAUUUCACUACUAAACGGAAGGCCAAACGCCAAUCAGUAUUUCAACUCGAGCAUCCUACAAGAAUGGACCCGAGCAACAAACGUCCGUUUUCGAUUUUUACGAACCAAGAACUUAUUAGGCCACCUUAUGACACUGGCACGCCAAGACCCAACCGUAACAAGAAGAUAUUUCUACUCAAUUAAGGAUAUUAGUAUCGGAGGACGUUGCAUGUGUAAUGGUCACGCGGACUCCUGCGACGUGCAGGAUCCUAACACCAACAUCUUGCUAUGCCGCUGUCAGCACAACACCUACGGUGCAAAAUGCGAAAAGUGCCGGCCGGGUUUUCAGCAGAAGGCGUGGAAGAUUUCCGAAACCUACAAGCCUUUCGAAUGCGAACCGUGCAAUUGCUUCGGUCAUAGCACUGACUGCACUUACGAUCCCGAAGUGGAUCGUCAACGUUUAUCUAUUGACAUUCAUGGAAAUUAUGAUGGCGGCGGUGUAUGUGAGAACUGUCGCGAAAAUACGCAGGGAAUCAAUUGUAACGAAUGUAAACCAACUUAUUAUCGUCCUCAUGCGAAAUUCUGGAACGAGACAGAUGUCUGUCAACCCUGUGAUUGUAACUUUUUCUACUCGACUGGCAACUGUAAGGAGGGAACGGGACAAUGCGAGUGCAGAAAAGAGUAUACACCACCUCGCUGUGACUCGUGCCGAUUCGGAUACUACAACUAUCCCGACUGCAAACCGUGCGACUGCUACCUCAACGGCACUGAAACCUCGCAGUGUGAAGCCCGCAAUGGCGAAUGCCUCUGCAAGUAUAAUUACGGUGGUAAAUACUGCAAGCAGUGCGCUGAUCAGUAUUACAACUUUCCGGAUUGUCAACCUUGCGAAUGUAACACUCUCGGCUCGAUUUCGGCCGUAUGCAAUCAUACGAAUGGUAAUUGCACCUGCAAAACGAACUAUGGUGGAAAACAAUGCGAUCAGUGCCGCAAUGGAUAUUACGGUUACCCAUCGUGCUCAUUUUGUAACUGUGACGUUCGCGGCGCCCAGCCAGAAAUAUGCGAUAAGGUUUCCGGAACUUGCUUGUGUAAGGAAGGGUAUGCGGGAGAGAGGUGUGAUCAGUGCAAGCAGGGAUAUUAUGGUUACCCUGAUUGUCAACCUUGCAACUGUACCACAGUAGGAUCGGUUUCGGCAUUCUGUGAUGCAACUGGAAAAUGCCCGUGCUUGGAUAAUUUCGGCGGACGCGCUUGCGAAAAAUGUAGUGUCGGUUAUUACAAAUAUCCAGACUGCCUUCCUUGCAACUGUGACAGUCACGGGUCAGCUGGAAUUUCGUGUGACUACGAAGGCCAUUGCCAGUGUCGGUACAAUUUCGAUGGUAAUCAGUGUAAUAAAUGUAGAGAAGGAUUUUAUAAUUUCCCUAAUUGCGAAGAAUGCAACUGUAAUCCAGCUGGUGUGGCUGCUGCAUUUGCCGGAUGCGGCUCUGUCCCUGCCGGUGAGUUGUGCCAGUGUAAAGAUCGUGUAGAAGGACGAAUAUGUGACCGAUGCAAGCCAUUGUAUUGGAAUCUGCAUCUAAACAAUCCAGAAGGUUGUGAAGAUUGCCAUUGCAACAUGGCGGGCGUUCUUGGUGGCAAUGCAGUUUGCAACUCUGAAACUGGACAAUGCGUUUGUAAGCCUGCAGUUGUAGCUAGAGGAUGUUCAGAUUGUGCCGAUGGUACUUUUGAUCUUCAAGAAUCAAGUCUCUUUGGUUGCAAAGAUUGUGGCUGUGACAUUGGUGGUUCCCUAAGUACAGUAUGUGAUAAACUAACAGGUCAGUGUCCAUGUCAGUCGCGCGUUAUUGGAAAGACAUGCAAAGAACCACUCAAGGCACACUACUUCCCUACAUUGUACCAAUACCAAUACGAGGCCGAAGAUGGUUACAGUAUUCCUUCAAACACAGCUGUCAGAUAUGGUUAUGACGAAAGACUAUUUCCCGGAUAUUCCUGGAAAGGAUACGCUGUGUUUUCGCAAUUACAAAAUGAAAUUAUACAAGAUGUGCAUAUUUCGAAACCCUCCCUGUAUCGCAUGGUGAUUCAUUACAUUAAUAGGAAUCCAGAACCUGUAAAUGGGCAGAUCAGAAUUAUGCCAGAUAAUCCGAACGACUACGAGCAGACUUUCAAGGUGAACUUUAAGAGUAGCUUUGAACCGAACUUCGUUACGGUGGCGGGUGAUACCGGCAACGCGUUUGUGAUUAAUCCGGGUCGCUGGGCUGUCAGCAUUAAGAGCGAAAAGAAUCUAUUAGUCGACUACUUUGUCUUAUUGCCCGAAGAUUUCUAUUUCUAUUUAGCCACUUAUUCUUAA